AUGCAGAGGCCUCUGAUGGAGACCGAAGUGGAGCAGGCCAAGGCCUACGUGACGCGCAGUUGCACGGAGUUUGUGGCCGAGGCCACCAGCGCGAGAGGCAGGCCCACGCUCUUCCUGCACGCCGCAGCUGGGCACAAGGCACCAGCCUUCUUGCGCCUGAAUCCUCCCCUCCAGGUUUUGAGCCUGAAGGUGGAGCAAGUCGGGGAGCGUGCGCAACAUGCCAAGGACCAGGAGACGCUGCUGAAAUCAGUGACGGUGCGUCCGGCGAAGGAGCCAGAGCAUGCCUGA